AUAAUGGUUCGUCUUGAAAUUUACAAUACAGGUACUUACUCUGUUUGUUUUGUCUCUGCUAAUACGGAGGCCAUUAUUCUUUAGUGCUUGUUUCCAAUCCUGCAAGGUGUUCUGUAGGUUCUUUCUGCAUUUGUCAGCUAUGACUAUACAGCAUAUAAUAAGUACCAUGGGAGAGAUGAUUGUACGUGCUUGGUGAGGUAGUUCAUUGACAGGUUGAAUAGGUGUGGACUUAGGGCCGAGCCUUGAUGCACUCCAACUUUGACCUUAAACGGCUUACUAACUCCAGCCACACUUCUCACUUGUGUACCGAUGCGGUCAUACGUAUCUUGUACCAUACAAAAUGUAAUAUUCUGGUAUUUUUUGUGCCCUCAUAGUUUGCCAUACUAAUCGACGUCGUAUUCUGUCAAAAGUCUUCUCGAGGUCUAUGAACACGAUGUGAAGGUCCUGUUUGCUAACACGAUGCUUUUCCAUGAGAAUUCUUAGUUUGUAUCGCAUCAGUUGUGGAUCUUCCUGGAGUGAAACCGUAUUGAUUUUCAGAUAUGGAUAUUUUGAGAUUCCCAGAUUUUGAGUGUAUGGGAUGUGAGCUUGUUACCCCUCUAAUUUCCGCAGUCAUGUUACAGUAUGGCACAAUAUAGCUACAUCGCCAUGACUCGGGGAUUCUAUCGGAGAUUAGGAUUGCAUGAAAGAGUUGGAUCUCUAGGAAUGCCCAUAUUCAAUGAAAUUGUUUGCAAUAAAAAAAAGUUGAUUGGAUAGAAGAAAUAGUUGAUCCGCCCUGGUGUCUAUUAUAUAUAUUCAAUCAUAUAUUUGUAAUAACCGUGACUUUAUUUUAAGUUUUGGUGUGUUUAUUUACUUUGCUGUGCUUUUGAGGAUAAAAGGUUACCUUUUAAUAAAAAAAUACAUAUGGUUUGUUUUUAUUUUCCCCGCCUUAAAGAUAACGUUGUUUCGCGGUUAACAUUGAGCCCUUAUCAAUCACGGGUAAUGUAUAGGACUGUUAGCUGGCAGGGCGCCGCGGGAGGGGCAGUAUCGAGCGUGGGCGCCGCGCAUGCCUGCCGCCACUCGCGAACCACACGCGCCAUGUACUACGUCGCUCGUACUCACCCUCGCGACCAUUGCUCGUAAUACUCUCGAACGAUGUACAAAUAGUGAAAAACGAACGCCAAAUAUAGCAUUUUAGUGAAAAGUGAUAAUUAUGACAAGCAAUAUCUUAAUUAAAUACAAUGAUUUCGAGAAACCCGACGCUUAGAGCGGUGAAGCACUGCAACAGUCGCACAUCGGAAACAUGGACAUCCAGAAGCAGCACUUGUGCCCGCGGCUGGUGGAUUAUCUAACCAUCGUGGGCGCGCGCCCUUACACCUCGGGGAAAGGCCUCGCUCCAGUUCAGGCACCGGAGUUGCUUCGACGGUACCCGCUGACGAACCACGAUGAUUUCCCGCUGCCCCUGGACAUGGUGUAUUUCUGCCAGCCCGAGGGCUGCGUGUCGGUGGGACCGCGCCGCGCGCCCGGCAACAUGGCGUCGCGGGACACCACGUCGUUCGUGUUUACGCUCACGGACAAGGACUCGGGCAAGACCCGCUACGGCAUCUGCGUGAACUUCUACCGUGCGGUGGAGCGCGCGCCGGCGCCGGGCCCGCGCGAGCGCUCCAUGCUGCGCCGCGAGUCUUGGCGCAAGUCCGUGGAGAAAAGCUCUGACUCUGCAUUCUCCAGUGACUAUAGGAGCAGCAACGUGGCUCCAAGCGACUCGGAGCGCGACUGUAGCGCCACGCUCGGCCCGAGGCUAGCGGCCGCGCCCGACUCCGAGAGCGGCGGCUCGCACUCGCCCAGCCCCCGCGCCAGCAGGAAGCGACAGCGAAUACGGAACCACUCCCUGACGUCUCUGUGCCUGCUGUCGCACCACCCAUUCUUCUCUACAUUCCGAGAGUGCCUGUUUAUCCUAAAGAGGUUAAUCGAUGCCUGUAACGAGUCUUCCAGUCCGCGGCGCGUAGGCGCGUCCAGACAAAUAUUUAGGGAUACAGUAUGGUCAGUAAUAACGGGGCAAGCGUACGACAACACGCCCACAAUAGUCCUGCACGACGUGAAGGAGAUCGAGACGUGGAUCCUUCGACUGCUGUCGGCGCCGGUGCCGGUGCCGGGCAAGACCCGCGUCGAGCUCGAGGUGCUGUCGCCCACCGCGCAUUCGCCACUGCUCUUCGCGUUACCGGACCACACGAGAUUCACCCUGGUCGAUUUCCCACUGCAUUUACCUCUCGAGCUUUUAGGCGUCGACACAUGUCUUAAGGUGCUAACCCUGAUCAUCCUGGAGAACAAAGUGGUGGUGCAGUCCCGUGACUACAACGCGCUGUCGAUGUCGGUGAUGGCGCUGGUGGCCAUGUUGUACCCGCUGGAGUACAUGUUCCCGGCCAUCCCGCUGCUGCCAAGUUGCAUGAGCUGCGCGGAACAGCUUCUGCUUGCGCCAACGCCGUUCCUCAUCGGCAUCCCGGCCACGUUCCUGCAGUAUAAAAAGAACUUUAGGUUACCUGAUGAUAUUUGGCUAGUGGAUCUUGAUGCUACAAAACUGUGCGCUCCUAGCGGGAACGACCAUGAACUGCCGCCAUUACCCGAGCCAGAAGGAUCCGUGCUAAAAAGUCACUUAAAACAGGCCAUGCAUCUUAUGGAUAACAACGGAUCUGGUGCUCUGAGCAGCCUCACAAACAGCUCGGCAGAGCAGGCCACGGCCCCUCUCAUGCCUUCGAGAAGAGACAGCGUCGGUGGUGCUACUCUCAAAGUGCAUCCCCCAACGUUCCGGUCGUCGACGGACGGCGCGCAGUCCCUGCCACACAGCACGCCCGAGAGCCGGCGCGUGUCCAUCGCCAGCGCCGGCGCCGCCAGCGUCGGCCACACGCCGCAGCGCGGCUCCCUCGCCUCGUCCCAGCCCUUCAACCCCCUCAUCUAUGGCAAUGACGUGGACUCGGUGGACGUGGCCACGAGGGUCGCCAUGGUUCGCUUCUUCAACUCCCAAAACAUCCUGGCGAACUUUAUGGAGCACACGCGGACGCUGCGGCUGUACCCGCGCCCCGUGGUCGCUUUCCAGAUCAACAGUUUCCUGCGAUCGCGGCCGCGGACCACCUCGUUCCUCAGCAAGUUCGCACGCACUCAGGCGGUCGAGUUCCUAGCAGAGUGGUCCCUCACGCCCUGCAACGUGGCGUUCCUGCGCGUGCAGACGGGCCUGUUCGACCCGCGGCAGGUCGGCGACAAGCCCAAGUGGUUCGCCGAGCAGCUGCAGCCCAUCCGGUUCGCCGUGUGGGACGACGGCAGCUCACUCAACGGGGCGCUGCGGCAGCUGCAGCGUCAUGAGAACCAGCCCACAGAUGAAAGUGGAUCAGACUCGGAAGCCGCUGAAAGCACGAGCUCUUCAUACUCGUCGCUCAGUGAUUUUGUCUCAGAAAUAAUCUCGUCGGAUCUAUCACCAGGAAACCCUCAUCAACAACACGUGAUCGGGGAAACAUACAGCGCAGUGGUUCAAGUGCCGAUGACUCUUUCGUCCUCAUUAGAUCCAGGAACGGUGUACAGCCCGCCGUCGUCGCUGAUGUUUGGCGAGGCGGAACCGCGCGCGCGCGCGUCCACGUCGCCGUCGCCCUCGGGCUCCAGCAGCGAGCACAGCGAGCUGUCCGACGACGAGCCGCCCGGCGACCUGCCCGCCGAACCCUCACCGCCUGUCAAGAAGAGCGAUACGGACAGCGGCAGUUUCGGGCGAGAGUCUGACUCGAACUCGACGACGACGCCGAAGACCGUGAUAGCGCGUGGCCGCGCCGGCGCCGCGGACAGCGCUAGUGGUUCCACUAGUGAUAGCGACAGAGCGCUCACGCCCUCACACCCCCCGCACGUCAAGCGCGCAAACAGUGGCGUAUCUCGACAGGCGUCUCAGAGCUCCUUGCUCGAGCAGUUCGCGGCGCAGGCCAAGGAGCUGGUGCGAGAAACUACACGCCAAAGCAGCCAGGAGGGGCUGCUCGCACAUAUGGACAAGAAAGGAAAAGCGGCAGAUGGUGAAGAAAAGAAACUGUUUGCGCCUUUCGGACAGCUAACGCUACACGCCAAAAAGGCAGCAGAAGAGGCGUCUAAAAGCGUACAUGAAGCAUCCAAGUCCGCCCUAGAAGCCAGCAAAACAGCCACGGCCGUUAGCAAAAACACCUUUGAAGACCUCACCUAUGUAGGGAAGUCAACGCUGGGAGACCUCACUAAGAGCGCUAAGGAAGCCGCGGCUAAGAAAGGACUGCUUAAGGGCGAAAGCCAAGAUGGCGGGCCGCCGCCGACCGGGCCGGCGCCGCGGCGGGACUCGACGGCGCUGCAGACGACCAACCUCUUGGCGGCCACGCAUCGGGACUUCUUCUCGAACAUUAGCUCCGACCUCAACGGCCUCGCGGCUUCCACAUCGAGCAUGUUCAGCGACUUGUUUGGUUCCAAAGGUAAGCAGCAGAAGCCGGGGGAGGCUACGCGCGGGGCCGGGCGCGGCGCGGCGGCGUCAUUCGGGCCUUUCUCGGGCGGCGCACGCGGGCUGGUGGCGCGCUCGCCGCUCGUGCGCCACGCCGCGCCCGUCGCGCCCGCGCCGCAGCCCCUCGACCGCACCAGCGCGAACGCGGAGAACCAGGCCUUUCUCAACGACUUGGUGCAACACGUCCUGGAGGGCGAAGGCGUGGGUUGGCUCAAGCUGAACCGGCUGAAAAAGUUAAUGGAAGACGAGUCCUACCGCAACAUGGUACUCAGCAAACUGAACCGCAACCUCAACCGCAAAACCACGCCCAACGACAAAGUAUACGAUGUGUUUGUCAGCAAGCCGGUGUGGAAGGGCAUGCUCCGGGUGCUCCAAGCCGUGGUGCACGGGCUCGAGCACACCUACUCCAACUUCGGGCUGGGCGGCAUGGCGUCCGUGUUCCAGCUGGCCGAGAUGGCGCACACGCACUACUGGAGUAAGGAGGUGGCCGGGCUGGAGCCGAGUGGCAUGGGCGGCUCGGCGUUCGCCGACAACUACCUCGACACACCGUCCGAGCCGUGCUCUAGAAAGAGCUCGCAGUCAGAUGUGCCAACAUUGAAUUAUCCCGAGAUGGAUUCGUCUGAAGCCCAGAGCACCACGGAGAUGUUCAAAGAUAUGCUGAACCAGAAACGGAACCUCCUGUUCAGCAAACUGACUUCGUUCGAAUCAGAUGCGGCGCCGUCGUCGGACUGCUCCGUCGACGAGAGCGGCUCGAUCACCACCAACCGAGCCAAUCUCUACGACCACCGCGCCUCCUUUAAGUCCAACCUCUCUGAUACAGAGGUCAUGUUCCUCAAUAUGGGUCGCGGCGCUGCGAGCGGCAAGCCUCGAGCCUCCAGCGUAUUCUCGUCGAAGUCGUCGAUCGGCGGGUACCGGCCGCCGUCGGGAGCACCGGCCACGUCGCCUAUCACGUCGCCGGACACCGCGAGGACGUAUCUGUUUCAAGGACUUAUUGGCAAGGAGAGAUCAAACCUAUGGGACCAAAUGCAGUUCUGGGAAGAUGCAUUCUUAGACGCCGUGAGCCAAGAACGUGAUAUGAUUGGCAUGGACCAAGGCGCCAACGAAAUGAUGGAACGGUACAAAUGUCUGAGCGAAACGGAACGAAAACGCCUGGAACACGAAGAGGAUAGACUGCUUUCUACCGCUCUUUAUAAUCUGACGGCAGCUAUGGUGCUUUUCGAUGUGCAAGCGGAUAUUGUACGGAAUAAAGUGCGGAGGUUGCUUGCGAAGAGCCAUAUAGGACUCGUAUACAGCCAAGAAGUCAAUCAUCUGCUUGAUGUUGUUCAUACGUUGCACGGCAACGACAUCGACCUGAAGCCCCUGGGCUCGCGGCUGCUGCGGCGAGCCUCGUUCACGGUGCACGAGACCGACGCCAGCGGCGAGCUGCGCUUCAUGGAGGUGCGCGACGACGGGCUUGUGCUGCGCUCUACGCAAGGAACAAUCGUAGAGCGAUGGUGGUACGAAAGGCUUGUCAAUAUGACCUAUAGUCCGAAAAUACGAGUUUUGUGCCUUUGGAGAAAGAAUGGUGGUCAGACUCAACUACAUAAAUACUAUACGAAAAAGUGCAAAUCGCUAUACUAUUGUAUAAAAGAGGCAAUGGAAAAGAGUGGGCGAAGUCAGGACGCCGCGGAGCUAGGGGGCGAGUUUCCAAUACAAGACUGUGCUUCGGGAGAAGGCGGACUUAUACAGGUGUGCAUGGAAGGCGUUGGCCUGCUGUUCCAGCACAGCAAGUUCUUUGUGAGGCUUGACCACAUCCGGAAGUGCUUCACACAGAACGGCGGUAUCUUCGUUUUAGAAGAAUUUAAUCCAAAAACAAGGCAAAUAAUACAGAGAAAGUACAAAUCAAUAAUGGCAGACCAGAUAUGCUACGCGGUACUAUGCGUGUUUUCGUAUUUCGCUGCGGGGCACGAGCAGAAAAAGGCGAUUUUGGAGCAGGCGGCGCGCGUGCCGCCGCCGGCCGCUCUUGCCGCGCCCGCCGCGCAACGCAGCGUGUCCGACCUCGGGCCCGACGCGCCGGGGCUCAAGAACCGGACCAGUCCACAGUUGCAGGCAGACAGAAGAUCGCCAGUGAACCGGCCGGUAGACCGGCGGACAUCAGCAAAGGACCCAUCGCCGACCCGGACGGAGGUACAGCGAGAAGGGCCUCAGCUUAGCGAGCUGAAGUUGCCGCGCGCCGCGUCGAGCCGACCCGAACCGAACCGACCCGAGUCUAGUCGACCCGAGCCGAGCCGGCCCGAGCCGCCGCGGACCGCAUCGCAGGAGCCGCCGGCGGAGGCCGGACCGGGGCGUGGAUGCAGCGCGCCGGCGCCGGCGCGGCGGGACAGCGUGCCGCCGCGCCGCCCGCCGCCGCCGGCGCCGCAGCCGCGCCUCGCGCGCGCCCUGUCGCAGGCCGCGCCCGCCCGCACGCACGACCCGCCCCAACUCCCUCCGCGACCCGGCGCGCGGGCCGCGGCGGCGGGCGUCGCGCCGCCCGCGCUGCCGCCGCGGCAGAUGUCCGCCGCCGCCGACCUCCACGCCGUGCCCAGCGGAGCUCGCGCGCAGUCACAUACGGGCGCAGGCGCUGGCGCGGGCACGCCGCCGGCGCGGCGCGCUGCGCUCCGCGAGCGACAGGGCUCCGUGAGCGGCCCGUUCGUCGCCACCAACCCCUUCACGGCGCCGCGCCACGCCGAGUUCGUCAUCCCGCAGCGCAACAGCGCGCGCCGCCCCUCCACCGACAUUAACAACUCAUCAAAUACAUAAUUUAUUCAUUUGCAAACACUACACUCGAGUUGAACUUGUGACUCGAAGGCCACGAAAAUCGCUUAACGGUGACAGCGUUAAUCGCAAUUUUGUUUUUAUCACGCUGUAUAGCGAUUGGCGCAGCCGAAUCGCGCGAAGCUUUUUCCGUGGCUGAGGUAUAUCGUAUUUUUUUGGACUCGACUUUACACUUUAGUGUCAGGUCGAAUACGAUACUUAUUCGAUAGAAACUUUUGUUUAACUCUUAUUCUGUCAUUUAGUAAUAAAAUAGUAAAAUCACAAAUUUAUAGGAAUUCACAUACCUAGACAAUCGAUGCGUAACUACAAAGUGACCUGUUUGUACUUAUUUUGGUAUGCCGUAUGGUUGAAUGUAUACCGAUCCCCUCUAUAAAAGCCUUUGCAUAAAUCUCUUUGUCAUUUAUUAACGUUUUUAGUUAAUUAAAAUUAUUUUAAACGUAUAAAUGUCGUGGACGGUUGCAUCGAUAUCUAAUCUAGAUGAUAUAAAAAAAAAUGAUUGUUAUAAUCCAAUAUUAAGUAUAAACAUAAUCAAGGGAAACUUAAUAAUUUCUCCAGAGCUUGACUAUUUUUUUAUUGACGCACAACGUGCGAUCUAGUUCGCAUUGAAUUACAUAUUCAUACAUAAUCAUCUUACCGACCAUUAUGAUAAUAUCGAUAAACAAAUACUUUAAAUAAAUCUUACAAAAAUUGUAUGUGUUACUUUGUGGUAAGAUAUAUUAUAUUUAAGUUUUAGGCUUGUGCCCCUUAGUGAGCUGUGAUGUUCCUAGGUAGAAUGUUGACAUAUAUAGGUAUUUUACAGUUAAAGUAUUUUUACUUAUUUGUUAAUUUUAUCCGAUACCUAUAGAGCAAGAUCCCAGAACCGCUAGACCUUGCUUAUUUUCUCAUGUAUAAAAUGUAUGGGAUAAUGUAGUGUUAGUAUAUAUUUUUAAUGUCUGCAUACUUGCUUUAUUGGCCCGACGGCCAUUUGUCCGGUACAAGGUGCUCGUCGGGCCGAUAUACUCGUAAGUAUGGCUAAUGAAAGUACACAACGUCUAUUAUGGCCAACGUCUGUCAUUACACAAGGCCGCAUCUCUUUCCAUAAUAUCUGCAGCGCAAGUGUGUUACGAGCAAUAGACAACGGGUGUAGAGAUUGUUGCGUAACUGGAUCUAAGUCUAAGCAAUAUAUUUUAUUGUUAUUGUUUAUAAAUAAAGGAAAUACGGACUUUCGUUGGGGCUGUUUGAAACAAACAGAAUUAUAACUUUUGUAUCCGUGACAGUCCGUGAUCACAAUAACUAACUGGUUAAAGACUUUUUAAAUCGUACAAUUGACUGUUUCAUGAAAUAGCUGGACAUAUCUAAUGGAUAUCGAUGGAUAAUGAUUUUACGAUUAUGAAUUACUAACGCUUGGCGAUCAUAUAAAGCAGAAGUGCUAUAAAACUGUUUGUAUCAUUACAUGAAUUCCAGAGUAUUUAUUGAACUGACCUUUCUACGUUAUGAUGUGGCCAACAAUUUUAUUAACUAUUUGUGUCUUGUCGAUUGUCCACCGACAAUUCUAAAAUUUGGCCACCACUUAAUAAAUAAAUAGACCAAGGAUACAGUACCGUCAAACUAGCCAACUUUUCCUCCAGGGGUAUCUUUGCCCAAAAACACAUUAUUAAACAAAUUCGUAUAUGUAGAUAAAUGUACCUAUAACCGUUAUAGUAAUAUUGGUAUACUGUGACAAAACUAUAAACACACAUGUGCUUAACUUGACUUGGGAAUGUUCAGCGAUAUGUCAAAUGUAGGUUAUAUUUCAGCGGGCAAAAAAACUGUUGAAAAUUGGAUUUAAAAAAUUGAGCACCCCUUGACAAAUAUUUCCAGAUUCCCGUGUUUAUAAAACACGAAUCAUAGAUUAUUUCUUUAGAGGUUUAAACUAAAAAGUCCAAAAGACAAUAGUUUUUACGAUGAGCCCACCACCAAAAUCGGCUUAGGGUUGUCACUUUCGAAUAAUUUACCCAACUGCGCAAGUAAAAGAAGGUAAUGUUUGUACACCAAAGUAAAUUUAUAAAUAUUAUUCUGUAUUUAAUGUUUCUUCUUAUCCUUUGUUUAAAUGCUUUAUCCCUUUAACGUAUAAAAAAUACAGCAAAAAUCAUAUUUUCGGCCAUUAUUGUAACAGAUUUUCUCAAAAGUUACAAGCCUAACAAAUGCAUAUGCUGUAUGCAACUUGUAUGGAAAAGUACAAAAACGGCUAGGUAACAUUGCUUACAUUACAUUGCCCACCCAUUUGUUACAGUAGUUAACGUAUUUAACUCUAUGAAUCCUAUGAUUUUAAAAGGGAACGCUAAAAUUACCCUUUAUCAUUAAAGUGAUCCUUAUUGUUUCAACGUCUUGCAAGCUGUAUUUCCAUACGAAAUGGAUGUGAGCAAUGUUGGCGAAAACCUCAGACAACUUUACCCUGCCCUCAAAAUUGCCAAAAAAGUGGUUUAUUGAUGAUUUAAUUCUUCUUACAAAUGAAAUGAGGCGUACGAUGCCAGAAUAAAUGUUAGCCUUUCAUAGAUUCGUUUUUGGAACUGAGUCCCUUCGAAAAACGGGCAAAGUUGGGUAGUUUGACUGUGCUAUCUUUAUUAUUUAUUUUUAAUUAACAAAACACGGUUCGAUUGAAUCCACUCAACGCUGACAUUAGCGACUUCGAUAGUAAUAAAUUGAUAUUUGUUUUUCAUUUUAGAUAAUCGCUCGGAGCGUUUAGUGCUCCAUCGGUUAGUGUGCUCUAGUUGUACAGGAUAUUUAUUUAGUCACCUGCAAUAAUUUACGGGGUGAAUAGAUAGGUCAUAUUAAGCAACUUUAAAUAUGGGACCAAGCCUGAAAUCGCGAAAAAAAAUUGGAUGUUUAUACAUUUUGGCUGUCUGACCUUUUGACAUUUUCUAUGGGAGAGUACUCGUAAAAAAUUUUUUCGUGAUUUCGGGGUUGGUCCCAUAGUAAUAUUCAGCACGUAAUUAUUUGCAGAUGACUAAAUAAACAUCCUGUAUUUAUAUUUUGUUUCGUAAUCAUUAUUUUAUUCUGCUAAUAAUAAUUAAUGAAAAAUUUACCUAAAUAUAUUCUCUAUAUCUGAACAUGAUAAUAAAUGAAAUUAUAAAUAACUGAUUAUAAAAUUUAUAAAGCAAUAUUGUUUUAAUGUUUGUGUAUAUAAAAUAAGUACAAGUAUUGUUUAGUAAUAGGUUUAAUGACAUAAUAAUGUGUACCGUUUAUAAUAAAGAAGUAUUUCCUUAA